GUCACAGCUCAGUAUAAACGCUCCAGAGAGAGUCUUCCUGUUCUUUGUAGAACCAAUAUAGUUCAUCCUAUUCACUAUUCUAGUAUAGGACCUAUAUCUGUGACUCAAGAGUCCAUCUACAAAACAAAGCAGACUAGCGCAUUUUGGUUGUUGCACGCACGUUUUACCGUCAUUUCACGGGAUCGUCGUUUCGGUGUUCAUUUCGUUUUACCUGAGGCGGAGUUAUUUCUCGUUCUCACCAUUUCCGAGCAUUUAUAACGUACUCGGAACUUAUAGAUCCUUCUUCACGGGUAUCACCAAUAAACCUUGGUUAUGAGCAGAAUUUGAUUUAAAAUCUUGUUCUAAGCAUACUCCUUUCCAUCCCACGCACUAUCUAUUUAAUCGCUGCUGUUUUCCGUUUGUUGUAUUCCGUCUUAAUCAGUCGAAUUUGAUUAUCUUUAACGAUUGAGCUUUUUCGGCCAUAUAACAGACUCUGGUACUUCUCUUUUUGACAAUUGGUCCUGCUUAUUGUCAUUUCAUUUGGUUUGUUCUACUUUAGGGUGAAUUUGGAUGAGACAUUCAUAAACUUGUGUCUUCCUUCGUUUUCAAUUCAAAACCGGUUGUUUCUUUAUAUACCGCAUUGUUCUGUUGGUAUAUCCUGUCCUUGAGCUCGCAUUAAUCGUGUCUCUUGUUCUUGACGAUAAUUACUGUUCCUAAAGUAAUAUUCUCGGUCCUCCUUCCGUUCUUCUAACAUUACUACUCAUCAUCCUUUCCAUUCAUCAACAUCUACAUCAUAAACUUCCUCUUCUUCUUCUUACAGUCCAUUAAAUCAUCAUCUAUAGAACCUCUAACUGUCUCAAUAUGUCUUCCUCAAAUUUGGCUACGGAGACUACUUCCCUUCUUAGUAACAAUCAGCCCAAGGAUGUCUCUUCGGACAAGCCUAAAAUCAGCGCUUGGAAGACUCUUCCCGCUAUUUGGGUCGGUUCAUUCUUGUCUGCUCUGGAUAUGACUGUAGUUGCCAGUUUGUAUCCAGUCAUUGGCAGUGAGUUUGAUUCACUUAACUAUUCUUCCUUUAUCGCUACUUCAUAUCUCAUUACGAACACAGCGUUCCAGCCGCUGUACGGUCGUUUGAGUGACAUCUUUGGUCGUCGCACAAUGCUUCUUUUUGCCAACACAGUCUUCAUGCUGGGUACCGUUUGGUGCGGUUUCGCUCGCAGUCUCGGGGAGUUGUGUCUUGCCCGUGCAUUUGCCGGUAUUGGCGGCGGUGGUUUGACUACGCUUUCGUCAAUUUGCGGUAGUGAUAUUGUUUCCCUGCGUGAGCGUGGCACCUGGCAAGGUUUCGCCAACAUCGUCUUCGGUAUUGGCGGCAGUCUUGGUGGUCCUUUUGGAGGUUUCGUAAAUGCAAGAUGGGGUUGGCGUUCGGCGUUUUUGCUUCAGGUUCCCCUCUGUCUUGGUUCUAUCGCUCUUGUGUCUUGGCGUGUCCGUCUUCCCACUAAGGAUGAUGGUGUCUCUAGCAAGCAGAAGCUUGCCCGUAUUGAUUACCUUGGAAGUUUCUUACUCGUUUCUGCCGUUACGACGAUGGUCACCCUGUUCACGUUUGGCGGAGAUAGAUUUGCAUGGAUGUCGCCCGUUUCGUUGGCACUUACUGCGUUGUUUGGAUUCCUUACAGUUAUGUUUUACAUCGUUGAACGCGAUUACGCAAGAGAGCCGAUUGCACCUAUGAAGGUUUUGCGUGAACGUACUCCUUUGUGUGCAUACAUUGGCAAUUUUACGAAUGCUCUCUGCAGUUUCGCCGUCAUGUACGAAGUUCCGCUGUUCUUUGAAGCCGUACUGUUUCAAAACUCGGAGGAGGCAGGAGCUCGUAUGUUCCCUAUGGUUCUGAGUAUUCCCGUUGGUUCGUUGUCUGCCGGUCUGUAUAUGAAACGGACUGGCACGUACCGUGGUGCAGUCAUUUUCGGUUUCACUGCGAUGCUGUGUACUCUGUUCACCUUCAUGUUUUUGUUCCGUCGUGGACAAGGCGUUUCCCUCAAGUACAUCGGUGUUGCUCUUGGAAUGGCCGGUCUCUCCUACGGAACAAGUCUUACGUCUACUCUAAUUUCCAUCAUCAGCGCCUUGCCCAUUGAGUACCAGGCCAUUUCCACCGGUGUGUCCUACUUGUUCCGUGCAACCGGUAGCGUUGUCGGAAUCAGCAUGGGUCAAACGGCUCUGCAAGCUACGCUUACGAGUUCUCUUCACCGUUCCCUUGAGGACAUUCCAGACAAGGAAUCUCUUAUUGAUGCUAUCAGACGCAGUGUCACCGUUGUUCCUACGCUCCCCAAGCAUAUUCAGAAAAUCGUCGUGCAUUCCUAUGUCCAAGCAUUCAUUGCGUCCUUUGCCCUGAUUGCCGUAUUUGGCUUGAUUGGUUUCCUCUCGUCCCUCUUUAUCCGCCAGCACGUACUUUAUUCUACGGUUGACCGUCGUUAAUUACACGGCUUUAAUGGAUGACCACUGUUAUUUUUACUCAUUUUUGAAUUGACCGGGCUUACUCACUAGGCGCUGUCUCACCCACAGAACUUGGUACUAUGCCGAGUUUUUGUAAUCGACCUAUUCUUUAUUUAAUGAAUUCAUUUAUACUAUGUAAGACGAAUUAUCCUUUUGCAAUAUACGGUUUGUUGCAUUUGUCCCGG